CAACACUGCAAAACUGUUUAGCGCAUACAUAAAUAAAAGACUCGCCUCUUUUGUGUACCAUUUAUUAUUUUGCUUUUGACUAACAUCAUCAAGGAUAUUCGCGAUGGCCUCUUAUUCGUACAAGGACAGGGCCCAAAUAAUGAUAAAGUGUUUCUGCGGCUGCACAGACAUGACUGUGGCAGAAGUCCUCCGUGUUCAUGGACUGUUCGGUAGGGUUAAAGACAUCCUGUCGGACCCGCCUGCCGCAAAACUGUUUGGCCAAUUCAUGAGGAAGAGACGUUCCGGUGACAAGAAUGAGACCGAGCAGUACUUGGAAAUCUACUUGAUGUGCAUUCAGCUAAAGUCCCAGCCAAUUAUUACUCAGGGCGAUUUGAGUGAACUCGUCAACAGGGGCCUACCCCGUGAAUUGGAGCAGGAUCUAACCAAAAGCGUGCUGAGUGGCAACCGAAUGGAAAUCAUACGAUGUCUUGGUUGCAUUCAGGUCAAAUGUAGCAACGAAAUUGGGGGUAGUGCUGAGUUUCACGAUUUCAAAAAAGCCAUCGAAGAAAAACUGGGACGGGUACCGAAGGAAUUAAAAUAAUCGUUUAAAUCAAAGCUACAAUUCGUGCAUUCCAUAAAUGUACUUUUAAAAAUUGUAUGCUUACUUCGGGGAUUUUAAGAAGAAUCAAUUUUUAGUUGUACAAAAAAAAAAAAAAAUAAAUACGA